GGCGCCGUGCUGACAGCGCUCGGCUGGCCAGUGGCGUGCGCCGAAAUCAGUGCUGGAGCGCAUGCGGUCUAACGAAUCUUAAGGUGUGGAUAUUUGCAGCAGCAGAAGCAGAAGCGUCAGCGUCAUUCGUCCCGGCGGAGAGAAGAGCGAGCUCGGAGCGGGCCGCUCUUCACAAUUAACGGCAUAAGCAAAUCAACAACAACAACAAUAAUUAUAAUGUCAAUUUUAUAAAUACCAACGGUGGAGAAAAUAUAUACAAGAUGUGCAUAAGAAAAAACUCUGAGAGAAGGUUGCAAAAGAAAAAAUGAUUUAAAGAUAAACAACAACACCAUCACCAUCCUCAUCCACUCUAACGAAGCGUGCAAAUUCGAACAUCGUUGAUCGAUAACCGUAUGCGGCGACGAGAGCGGCAGCAACAACGGGACCAACGGGAACAGCGCGGCUGUUUGUUGAAGAGUGGGUGUGACGGCACGGCGAGAGACCAACAACAGCUGCACGAGCCAUGGGCAACGAAGCGAGCGCGGAGGGGGGGAUGGAAGAAGGAGCCACUCAGCCGAGCAGAAUGAGCCACCUCAGCGAGGAGGAGAGGAAACAGAUUGCAGCUGUGCUCUCCCGAGCAGAGGCUGGGGCCACCCUAACACCUAGGAGCACGGAAGGAGGAUCGUCGUCAAAAGGGAAGGCAUCGCGAGCCACGUCCAGAUCCACCUCGCGUGCCACGUCCCCCGGCGAUUCUAAAGAAAGCUUGUACCAUGGCGAGCCCUCCAUGUCGCUGCAAGCCAGGGACGAGGCGAUGGAGAAGGGCUCCAGGGGCACUCUGGGAAGAAAAUCCGCCCAGGAUCGCAAGGGGCCGCCCGACAAAAGCCCGCGGGGUCUGAGUCCCGAAGUCCCGGGACGUCUGGAGCUGUCCAGUGCUGAACGCUUGGCGCAUUCGGCCGUGGAGGUGCCUCGGAGCCCGAGCAAGCCGUGGGUCGACACGCACGCCGAGACGACGAUGAUGACGACGACGAGACCAAUGGCCAUCCCCGAAUCGCAGCACCGGGGCGUCGGGAAGGGUUUCCAGGAGCUACUGUCGCCCGCAAGCCCCGGGACGCCGUACCAAGUGCCGAGGUUGGCGCCGCUGCCCAAGACCACCCUCUGCCCGAUCUGCACCACCACGGAGCUGAGCGUGGAGACCCCCGAGCAGCCCAACUACAACAUGUGCACGCAGUGUCAGACCGUGGUGUGCAAUCACUGCGGCUUCAAUCCGAGCCCGCACAUCACCGAGGUGAAAGAAUGGCUCUGUCUCAACUGUCAAAUGCAGCGAGCACUCGGCAUGGACAUGAUGUCGCCGCCAAAGCCCAUGGGAAUGCUUCAACAUUUUGAAAGCAGCCAGCCAAAGGCUGCACUCAAGACACCUGAUGCCAGCCCAUCCAAGCUGCCCUUUAUCGAGUGUAAGCCCAAACAUCUGUCCUCUGAAAGCCAGGCCAAAAUUUCCUCCAGUGAUGUCGAACAAAAAAAGCCACACCAGCUUAAACAUGGAGGUCCCGAUUGUGAUGCAGCUGAGUCACUUCUAAAGCCGCUGCAAAGCAAAGCGUCCCGAGUCGCUUCAGACGCCGGUGCCAUCGACGAUGCCAAACAACGCGGAGCGGGUGACUUGGAUCAACCGGGCCAACCGAAGCAGCAGCAAAAAUCGAGACAAGGAGAUCCUCCGGAGGAGAUGCACUUCAAGCCAAAGUCUCCAGAUUACGUCCAACUGAAGGUGCAGCAGCAGCAGCCAGUGCAGCCACCACAGCCACGGGAUCAACCGCCGCAGGGACAUAAACAGCCACAUCCACAACAACAACAACGACAACUGGCACAGGGACAACAGCAACCACGGGCGCAGAAGCAGCCACAGCCGCAAAAGCAGCCAAAACCACACACGCAGCAGACACCCCCACAGGCAGAUAAGCAGCCUUACACGCAGACGCAGACACACGCACAGCCCCAUAAAUCACCGUAUGCACAACAAGAGCCACAACCACAAUCGCAUCCCCAGCAACAGCCAAAGCAUCGGUCAAAGCAACCAGCCCUCCCAAAAGAUGUGAAAGCCGCAGAAACGCCAGCACCGCGCGGUGGGCCAACUCUGCAGCGAGAUAAAGAGCAAAAAGAUAUUCGGGAGAGUGCAAAGCCAAAAGAGAUCAUCAAAAACUCCGUUGCUGAUGAAAAACAAGCAGUGCCAGAUGCUGCAAAAGAAGACGUACCUUUGCACGUACAAGUGGGUAACAAGCCACUGACACAGAUCACAGAACCCAAGCCAACUGGCCAGCCUGCUCAAGCGUUGGUGCAAACGGACCCAUCAACAGCGCGCCCGCCUGCUGAUGGCGAGGGUUCAAAACAGCAGCCCCAAAUAAUAAAACCUCCGACUCCAGAGCAUCACGCGUCUCCAUCAAAGCCACAGCAAAGCCAAGCCGAAGGCCCCGCAAAGUUUCUCCAAGGAAAACUGCCGACGUCCGCAAGUGCGAUUUUCCAGCAGAGUUUGUUUGCCAAACCAGAGGCUCAACAGAGUAAACCGUGGACAUUGCCACACCAGCAGACAAAGCCUGCCACCACUUCUGGAGCUACGACACCACAGGAAGGCGUCACUGGAAAGUUGUUUGGUUUUGGUGCAUCCCUGUUCAGCCAGGCCACGAAUUUAAUCUCAACUGCUGCUCAGCCAGGCUCCCAAACGUCUUCUGCGAAUGGCUCUCCGGCAAAGGCACCAGCUGCUGCCGCUGCUGUUGGCCAAGAAGGAGCAGCGAAGCAACAGAAAUUGGCCAAGAGUAAAGAAGCCGAGAAGUCUACAGCGAUAGAUAAGCCAAAGCCCACAGCAACACCAACGCAAAUGGCACAAAAGCAGAGAGCGGUGGCCCAAGCGCAGAGUAGUGAUACGCCUAAGAAGUCGACAAGUGCAGUGCAAGAUAAAGUUAAGCAAAGGGCUGGAGCUGCAGAUGAUGACAAGAAGACGACUACUACUACAGAUGUUGAACCAAAAUCAGCAGAGCCACAUCAGCAGCAGCAGCAGCCACAGCCAAAGCAGCCACGGCCAAGCAUUAAAGAACUGCAAGAGACUGCAAGAGCUACGGGAGACCUGCAGCAGCAGCAGCAGCCAAGCGGGAAGGAAAUCGCCGAUGAAGAACGCGAGGGAACCGUGGAACUGAAGGCAAGCGAACGGGAAGGCGUCGGCACGGUGGGUGGAGGCAUCGCCGCGCGUCUCGCGCAGAAGACGCUUUGCCCUCUGUGCAAGGCGGAGCUCAACGUUGACUCCCGAGAGCCGCCCAACUACAACACCUGCACCGGAUGCCGGGCCAAUGUGUGCAACUUCUGCGGAUUCAACCCGGCUCCACAUCUGACCGAGAAGAAGGAAUGGCUGUGCCUUACCUGCCAGACUCAGAGGGCCCUGUCGGGGCAGUUGGUGGACCUUGAGACACCAGACGUUCCAGCCAAACGGCCUCCUCCAUCCACCAAGACCAGCCAGGAGCUUCCCCAGCAGAAGGGAGCCCCACCGGUAGCACAGAAGCCAUCGGCCAAGCUCCGGGCAGAGCAGGUCCUGCCAAAACCUCAGCCAACUGAGAAGCCGCUGCUCACGGCGAGCUCCUCGGGACGCACAGAUGAGGUGCAACCUUCGCCUCCGCAGGACCGUGUGAGCUCAGCGAAGGACGGUGAAGAGAAAGGGCGUCUCGGCGAUACGGAGAGUCCACAGCGGGCAGCGGCAGAGGUCAAGCCGGCGCAAUUAAAGCAUCAACCCUCGCUCAAAGAUGAAAUGUUUGAGAGAGAGCAUCACGCUUCUGAUGAAGGACCCACGUUGAAAGACCAGCCGUCCACCGAAGCAAAAGCGGCGGAAGGACAACCGGUGGAACGCCCAGGGGCUGAGGUCGGCCGUGGGCCAGUGCUUGCUGAGGAAGCUCGUGCCGACCGCAAAGAGGCUCCUAGCCAAGGGCUGGAGCCUGACGUGCCCUGGCCGGAGACGGUGUCCAAGAGAGCCGAACCGUCCGACUAUCUGCACUUUCAGCAGGCGCCAGAGGACACGGAGCUGAGAGAACCACUGAUAGAGAAAGCAAUACUUAAAGACGAACCCGAGACUGUGGAGGAAAAGGCUUUCCUUGUCAUUCCCUUAAAAGAUGGAGAAGUGGCUGCAGAUCGUGAUGAUAAGAAGGAAGAGAAGCCUAUCUCUGCACAGGAAAGUCCCGCCAGCCCGUCGGAACUGGAGAAAUUGGAAAGCACGGUCCGGUCGCUUUUGGAGGCCAACCCGAUCGACUUGGAGGGUGAGGAGCAGGCGGGAAAGAAAGAUCCUUACGGAUUAUUCGAAGAAAAGGAUCGAGAGAAGAAGCAGCGGCCAAAGAUGCUCACCGUCACGCCAGAGGCCUACAGCUCGGAUGAGGAGGAUCUGGAGGACAUCCAGGAGGAGGACGAAGAUGCGAUCAAUGAAGAGGGCGCAGCGAAGGUCGUUCCCGACGCGCGGCGUGGAGGUGGCAUCGAGUCCCUGGACGAGGCGUCGGCCAAGCACCGGCGACGGGACUCCAUGGAGGACAGCGGUGGCAGCACGCCGUCGCCCCUUCGGCACCGGAAGCAGCUCAUCAGCCUGGGGUCGCCCAGCAGCGAGGAGGGGCAGAGGGAUCGCAGCGACAGCCCCUGCUCGCUGGACGACGAGGAAUUCAUCCGACAGCAGAUCAUCGGGAUGAGCGCGGAUGAAGAGGCGUCGGGCUCCGACGGUGACGACGACGACGACGAGGAGGAGGACAUGUUCAAGAGGCGGCUGAAAAAGGCCAAGACCAAGGAAGACCACCACCAGCAACGGCAGCAGCAGGAGCAGCAGCAACCGCAGGAGCAGCAGCAACCGGAGGAGCAGCAGCAACAGCAGCAGCAGCAGGAACAGCAGCAGGAACAGCAGCAGGAGCAGGACAAAGCACAGACAAAAGACAAAACCAAGCAGAAGCAGUUGCUUAGAAAAGAAAGUUCGAGCUAUGAAGAAAUUCAUUACGAGGAACUGGAGGAGGAGGAGGCGUCGCGACGACAUUCAUGGCACGAGGAUGACGAAAUGUUUGACGACAGCCCCGAAAGCAAAUUUAGAGAGUCAAAGAGUCAGGAUAACGAGGAAGAUGUCUCCAUAGUGACGGGCGGUCUGCGGCGCUUUAAGACAAUCGACCUGAAAAGUUCACUUCCUCAUAAGUACGUCGCCGAGGAGCAGGGGGAGCAGGGGUACGAGAACAGCGUGUUUUACGACGAGCCUGAGCUCGAGAUGGAGAGCCUCACGGACUCGCCCGAGGACAGGUCGCGAGGGGAGGGCUCGUCCAGCGCGCAGGCGGCCACCAACUUCACGCCGGGCACCUCUCCGAGCUCCGUCUCGUCCCUGGAAGACGACAGCGACAGCAGUCCCAGCCGGAGGCGGGCGCUCGACGACCCGAAGCAACACCGCAAGACUCGGCACAGGUCGAGCGGGCCGCUGCUGCCGACGAUCGAGGACUCUUCGGAGGAGGAGGAGCUGAGGGAGGAGGAGGAUCAACUGAGAGAGCAGGAGAAGCUGCGCGAGCUGGAGCUGCAGCAGAGGAAGAGUUCAGGCAGGAAGUCGAAGCGUGAUAAGGAGGAGCUGCGCGCCCAGAGGAGGCACUCGAAGACAUCGCCCAGUAACCUGUCUCCCAUCGAAGACGCGUCCCCCACAGAGGAGCUCCGACAGGCAGCCGAAAUGGAGGAGAUGCAUCGGUCUUCUUGCUCGGAGUAUUCCCCGAGCCUCGAGUCGGAUCCGGAAAGCUUUGAGGUCCAGGCGGCGAAAAUAAUGGAGCUUCAGCGGGAAUAUGAUCUGCCGACCGGCGACGGGUUCACAUUUCCUUCAUAUUCCAGACUGGCGCAAUCCCAGGAAGAAGACAAAGACAUUUUAGAUGACGACAUUUCAGUGGCUGAACAUGAAGAGCUAAAGACAGCGGAUGAGGUGUAUGACGAAAUGAUGAGAAAUGCCCAAAUGCACGGGAGCCACGCGUCAGAACCUGCUUCAAAAGAGAGUCAAGAUUUUGACGAUGAACAAUAUAGUUUCUACAGGCACGAGGCCACUGUGUUUGAUGACUUGCCAUAUGCAACCAUACUAGAGUCCCAAACCGAACUUCUAACAUUUACGACAGACGAGUCAGCCACUGCGUCCGCGUACGAGGAUGUCAUGUAUAUGGAACCGGUGGGCAGGUUGGACACAGAGCAACCGAUGUACACUCCGGACGACAUUUACGCUUUUGCCGAACCUCUGCCACCUCCGCCCACGGACAUGUCCUUCUCUGGCUCGGAACAACUUCUGGACGCAGACGCAGCCUACGAGGAGCUCCUCCGAAAGCAUAACGUAAUCCUGACUCCGGGCACGAGCCCCACUCAGCAUCUCUCGGACGCCUCCGUGGGCAUCACGUAUCCCGAGAUCAGCAGCGACGAUAUCAGCAGCGACGACAUAUCCGUGUUUGCUGCAACUGCUGUGGAGACAUCCACGGAGAGCGCCUUCACAGACAUUGCGGCCGAUUUCAGCUCGCUGGCAACCGGCGACUCCGACCCGUUGGCUUCGUACGACUUCAGUCCCAUGUUGCCAUCACCCCUGUUCUCAGUGCCGGAUGUGACGAUAACGCAGCAUUUCACACCAGAAGAUGAUUCGGAUCUGCCCAGUGAUGGCGAGUUUGUGGACGAUGAGUUGGUUCAACCUCCUGAAACGGUGGCGAUCACCGACGGCGUAGUGAUAACAGCGGCUGCCGAAGGGAACGUGACUGAAGACUCCUCGUCUCCCUUCGUGGAACCUGUGGAAUUUGGAAGUGGAUCCUUUGGGAUGGAUUCGUUUUUGGCAGGCGCUGUUCUUGCUUCGGUGGACGCAAACGGCACGUCGGUUUCGGCAGCACCCGCAGAUGACGCUUCGAUGGUUGACUUUGUCUUCGCUUCGUCACGAGAUGACUUCAUUUCGGAAAUGAUAGACGAAAUUCCUGACGUCCCUAUGAACGACGAAUAUUCAGAACUCGCUGAGCCAUGCCGUCAGGAGGAGAUAGCAAUUAGUGCCGGAGAAAAAAUAAUAGAACUGCCCGAAAUUGAUUUAUCCAUCUCGUAUGUAGACACAAAAACAAAUGUACCCACCGAUUCGCAAAUAUAUGAGACUCCCACUGCGGAACCCGUGCUUGGAACAACAGCAGCCAGCGCUGUGCAUGAUGCGGUAUUGGUGAAGCUUGCUGAUGAUGCUGCUCUCCCAGUGUAUACCGAUGUACAAGCAGCACAUUCAAAAGACUCCUUCGUUUCUGAAGUUUCUCCGAAUGAAGCUGCUGCUGCUGUUUCCGAACCAGUCGUGCUGUCACCUACCGUAGUGACAGCUUCAGCAGAGCCCAGUGCAUCCCAGCAGGAGCCUGCUCUGCCACCGGUUACGAACGCACCUGACGAUAAACACGACACGACCACAGGAAUGACAUACUUCACCUCGAAGGUGUUCUCCUACUUUAGAGGCACCACACAGGAACCAGACUAUCAGAUGCCACCUCCAUCACCACCACCACCGCCACCGCCACCUCCGCCACCACCGCCACCACCACCACCACCACCACCGCCACGCAAACCUAUGAUGCUUUUGAAGAAAGAACUGACCAAAGUUCCUCCAGUUGAACCCACUGCACCAAGUGUGGUGACCACCACGGUUUCCGUAUCGACAACUUCCACUGCCGCUUCGUCAGCACCGCUAAUCACCUCUGACACCACGGUCACACAAACUGUAACGACAACUACAGCCUCGACACGCCCUCAAGUUGCACCAAAGCCAACACACUUCCCCGUGAGUCUCGUCACAUCCAAACCUCUGCCACCUCCCGUGGCGCCGAAACCUACACCCUCGCCGCACACUGCAAAGCUGAGCAAAAGCUACGAGCAUCAGUUGGAAACCCAUCAAGUUGUGGUGACAUCCGGACCUGGCAGCCGGUCAUCAUCGCCGGUUACCUCCCCUGUAUCUCCCAGGUCGCCAAAGAGGUAUUCUCUGGCUCAGGAGUCAUAUGUGGUCAUCACUCUGCCCUCGGACGACAGCCCGACGGGCAAAGAAGUGUACACGUCUCCAGCGCUGCUGACGUCAACGACGUCGAGCAAAAUGUCGAGGUCGCCGAGCGUUCCUGAUGUGAAACUGACACAAGCGACACCCCCAGAGCUCAUGCCAAAGUCACUGAGCAUGGAUUCGGCCAUGCAAGAGGAGCUGGAGCCCGUGGCACCUGCGGAGCCGUUGAUUUGCUUCGCACAAACAGCCACCACCACGACCGUCACCAUAGCCCAGAACGUUGAUUUUGCACCUCUCUCUGGCCCCUGUGGUGAACUCAAAGGACCUUAUGUAACUUUAGAGACACGGUUACCCACUCCUGUGAGUGAAAGCGCUGCUAUUGUCACAUCAGGAGAAAUAGCUGUCGUAAGCAGCAGCAGCAGCAACGUGAUGGAUCUGACCAUGAAAAAAGAAAUGUCUCCCCCCGCUAUCGUAAUGACCGACCAUGGCCUAGAUUUUACAGUAGCAGCAUUGCAGAGCAGAAUGCAGUCGGAGCAGAGUGGACAAAUUGUCCAAAAGUUACAGACGGUCAUACAGCCCGAAAUUAUGAACCUUGCGACAACGGAUGCAACUGCCGCCCCUUUGGAGCAGUCGGAAUCGAAGGCAAGGCAAAAGGAGCCUGCGAAAGACCUCACAGAUGAGCCACUUGACCUGGCUCACCCAGUAUUGGCUCUCCACCACUUUACGCCCAUGGGGGACGCUGCUUACGCGGCCCACGAGGAGCCCAUGUCCGAGGGCCCGGUUAACUUGACGAUCUCGCAGCAGCCGGUGAAAAUCGCGACGAAGACGACGGAGGAUGCGCCCAAGACGCUCCCACCGGAGCCGUCGACCUGCGAGGCCGCGGUCGACCUUAGCAAGCCCAAGUCGUUCGGCGUCAUCGUGUCCCUGGGCGACACGGAGUCGAGCCCCACGUCGGUUUUGGUGGACGAGUCGAGGCCCGUCGAUCUGACGCAGGGGAGCCGCCGAGCGGUGUGCUGCGAUGUCGUGUACAACAUCCCCUUCGUGGGCAUGUGUGCUCCGUCUCCGCCGAAGACGUCUCCUGACGUGGCCGUCGCGGGGCGGAGCCUGGUCGACGCCGGAGUCGUCGGCUACGGGGACGACGAUUACGUCGACGUGAGGUCGCGAGCGUCCGCUGAGUACGGGCACGUGCGAGCGUCCACCUCCGACGCCGGCUUGACGGACACAGCGGGGGGCCCGCUGUCAUACCGGAGCGAGGCCGCAAUCGAUCAGCACGUGCCGGCAGAUAUCGCCGCAGCCCUUUCCGCGCGAGAGAUGACAAGCGGGGUGAUGGAGCAGAGCAGCCUCUUCUCGUACGUGACAGCAGGGAGUCAAGAAGUGACUGCCAGCGCCUUGUCCUCCACCACUCAGCAAGUGUGGACUCAAUAUUCAAGCAUGUGGAGGUCAACGGACGGAGUAAUUUAUUCCACAGUGCAAACUCCCAUCCCGGCCACUCUACCUAUUACCACCCAGCCGAGCUCUAUACGCGACCAACUUCAGGGAGACGUUUACACAUCGGGAGUGACUGCGGUGUUUACUGGCGGGUCGACCCUGCUGCCAAUCCAGCAGAUGAUCGCGGAAGGCGCCAGCGCCGUCUCCAUGCCCCCGGGUUCAUCCUCCUCCGUCCUGACCUCAAUCGCGGCCGAGCGGCAGUCUCUGCUGACGGACGGGACACUGGGCGGCCAGGCGAUGUGGCAAGGGGACGAGGAGCGAGCGAAGCAGCAGCAGCAGGACAGACUGAAGCUGCAGCACGGCCACAUGCUGGAGAUGGACACGCUGAAGCAGCUGGAGGAGCUCGAACGCGAGCGCUUGGAGAUGCAGAGGCGGAGCGAGGAGGAGCGGCGCCUCAUGCAGCUGGAGCUCGAGGAGCUGCAGAGCAUGCGGCAGCAGCUGUACCAGCAGCAGCAGCACGACGAGAGGCAGGCGCACUUCAUCAUGCAGCAGGAGCAGCUCGCGCAGCAGAUACACCAGCUGCAGCAGCGGCUGCAGCAGCAGCUUGAGGAACAGCAGCACCAGCAGGGUCAGGGGUACAGCUACCCGUACGAAAUCGCCGUCACGGAAGUUUCCUCUGCUGCCGAUGGGCAGUUCUGGCAGGAGGGACUCGGCCAACAGUUUGUUUCGCAGGAGCCAAUUCGGCUGCUCGGCCCAGAGGCUAAGAAUCAGCAGGGCACCUUUAGGUUUGCACAGGAAGGUAUGUCUACCCUCGACAUGCAUCGCACCAUGGUGAGCUCGGUCUCUGACAUGUCCCUCAAAGACAUGGGCCUCAGAAAAGGAGACAUCCUCCGCAAAGAGCAGUCCAUGCCUCGCCUGCCCGCUCAGUACGAAAAGCAAUCGCAAGACGGGAGGUACAGGCCUCAGAGGAUCGUGGACAGCGGCGUGCAGACCGACGAAGAGGAUGAAGAGGGCCAGUGGUACGGCGGCCGCCGAAAGAGAACCUCCAGGAGCGUGGACACCAGCGUCCAGACGGACGAUGAGGACAUGGACGAUUGGGAUUACUCGUCACGGAGGAGGCGCCCGAGGCUUCCGAAAUAUGAAGGAGGCGUCGAGGCUGAACAUUUCAAAAAGAAAACCAAGCACAUGGCCAGCAUCGGCAUUCAGAUGACCUCCAAUUGCUCCGUUCAGACCGAGAUCGACGACACGGUCAUCACCCCAUCGCAGAGGUCCCGUUCGGCCUCGGGCUACCCGACCAUGUCCGACAUUUCGGCCACCGAAGAAACAUUCCACGGGGAGAGCCUCGCCUGCCAGACGGACACGGAGUGUGACCAGCGGCAGCACGAAGCGGACCCCCAGCCAACGGGCGGCCUGAAGCCCUUAGGCUACUCGUCCCACCUGCAGACGGGAACGGCCACUCCGAUGUCGCGCUCGCCGCCUAAAUCUCCGCAGGUGCUGCACUCGCCCAUCUCGCCGCUCACGUCGGGGAAGAUGCUGGACUCUCCGGUGUCCCCCUACGAUCGCUCGGCCAAAGCGUCCGGCUCCGUGACUCCGCCGCCGCAGCACCUACAGAGCCUGCGCAUGACCAAGCCCAUGCAGCGCUCAAUGUCAGAUCCCAAGCCUCUGAGUCCCACGGGCGAGGAUGGGAAAACGUCCUACCAGCUGUUUCAGCAGCAGCAGAGCUGCCUGAUCAAACCCACGCAGCAAUCGACGGCGGCGGCGGCAGCGGCGGCCCUGGCUCAGAGCAAGAAAGUCAAGCGGACGCUGCCCAACCCCCCUCCGGAGGACGCGCCGGCACCCAGCUCCGCAAACUCGCUCUCGUUCGUCGCGUCCAUCCCGCGCAAGCGAAUCGGGCGCACGAGCACCAUGGCCCGUGCCAAGCUCAUCCAGGACAUCGACCGCGAGCUCGAGAUUGUGGAGAAGGAGUCGUCAAAGCUGCGCAAGAGGCAGGCGGAGCUGGACGAGGAGGAGAAGGAGAUCGACGCCAAGCUUCGCUACCUGGAGAUGGGCAUCAACCGGCGGAAGGACGCCCUGCUGAAGGAGCGCGAGAAGAGGGAGAGGGCCUACCUGCGGGGCGUCGCCGAGGACCGCGACUACAUGUCCGACAGCGAGGUCAGCAACAUCCGUGGCACCGUGGCGGAGGGCGGCCGCCAGGGCGAGCGGCCAAGGACGGCGCCGCAGCACCAGUACGCCCAGUACCUGGCUCCGAACGCACGCCACUCGCUCAACAUCGAGUUCUCGCACACCCCCGGCGCCACCACGCAGCCGAGUAAUUCGUACCUGCAGCAGGCGCCCUACCAGCCGCAGCCGCUUUAUCAGACUCAGCCGGUCCCCUAUCGGUCACAGGCCGCAGGCUACAGCACGUUGGAAGCGCACCGCCCCGCGUACCAGACGACGAGCCACCAGACCAUUUCCACAACGCAGGCCGGGUAUCAGACCACCAGCUUCCAAACCCUGCCGAUGCACCAGUCGGGCUAUCAGACCACCCCUUUCCCUACCUUGGGCGGCCACCUAGCUGGUUAUCAGGCCACAAGUUUCCAGCCGAUGCCCAGCCACCAGGCAGAUUACCUGACCACCACCUACCCGACAUUGGGAAGCCAUCACGCUCCCUACCACACGACGAGCUUCCAGAUGGCCACGGGUCCUCAGCCUGGGUAUCAAGCCACGCCGGGCACGUCCUACUAUGCGCAGGGCCACACGAUGCACCCGCACCACCAGCCGCACUUCGCGCAGAAGCCCCGGCAUUCCCAGCUGAUCAACUUGGACCCCAAGCUGAAGGCCAACUACGAGUUGCUGCAGCAGAGCCACCCUCUGCUAAUGUCGCCCACGUCGGCGGUCGAGAUGUACGACAACCUUGACCUUCGGCUGGCGCUGGAGGAGAGGGGAAGCAUGGCCAGCAGCCCCAUGUCGAGCAUUUCCGCUGAGUCAUUCUACGCAGAUCUCGAGCACCAGGCGGCGCGCAACUACGUGAUGAUCGACGACAUUAACGAGCUCACGAAAGGCGCGGCCAUCGGGGGCACGUUCAGCUUGGGGGGCACGCACAGAGUGGAGCGUCGCUACCAUCACUCCAGGGACCCAAAGAGGAUGUCGGACAUCAGCGACUACAUAAGCACGUCGAGCACGCCGAGGUCACACAUGCACAGGAAAAUCGACGACGAGUCGAUGAAAGAUCCCUACGAGCUCAAGCUGUUGAAGCAGCAGAUUAAGCAGGAGUUUCAGAGGGGGUCUGACCCUUUGGAUCACUUAGGAACCGCCACGCUCUACCAUGGCGACGUGAAAUACAGGCACCCCUCGAAGUCAGAUCGCUACAGCAUCGGCAGGAUCACAUUGGAAAAGGAAGCUGCGAAGCAGCUGAUGCCGGCCGUUGUUUCGAACAAGCAGCUGAAAUCCAGAAAGCUGGGCGUCGAGCAUAGGGUCUCCAAGUUCUCUCCAAUUGAGGAAGCCAAAGACGUCGAGUCUGAAUUUCCCUCCUAUUUAACCACGACUCCGGCCACGGAGGCGGCAUCCACCGUUGUGAUGCGAGCCAAGAAGCUGCAGGGAGACAUCACGUACGGCCUCAGGAAGAAUAUCCAGGAGCAGCAGAAGCUCUCGGUGCUCACGACGAGGGGACACACGAACGAGCUUGACUUAUUGAGCAGCACCGGCACUCGCUCUCGGCCAAGGUCGGUGUACAGCCUCGAAAGCAACCGAUCGCGACCGUCGUCCGUUUAUGGUCUGGACGUCACAAGAUCUCGGCCCGCUUCAGUCUACAGCAUGGAGAGCACCCGCUCAAGGCCCACGUCUGCAUACGGCCUGGAGGACAGCAGGUCGAGACCCUCGUCUGUGUACGGUAUGGACAGCAGCAGAUCCAGGCCGACGUCCGUCUACGGGCUCGACUGCAGUAAAUCGAGGCCAUCGUCCAUUUACAGGAUGGAAGGCGCCGGUUCUCGGCCCUCGUCCGUGUACGGCAUCGAGCUGACCCGCUCCCGGCCAUCGUCGGUUCACGGGCUCGACCUGACCAUGACUAAGCACGAGCUGCAGGCCGCGGCGGCGGCGACGACGGGGGCCAAAGAUGGCGACUCGCUGGACAUGAGCUCGUACGUGCCGGGAGCCGCCGGGGUGAAACUGAGGUGCAAGCCACCCAAUCUCAUCAUCAGCCAAAGCAAGGGGAGGAUCCCCAUCGUAGCCCAGAACUCGGAGGAAGAGAGCCCUCUGAGUCCCGUGGGCCAGCCCAUGGGCAUGGCGCGGGCGGCCGCGGGGCCCCUGCCGCCCAUCUCAGCCGACACGCGUGAGCAGUUUGGCUCAAGCCACUCGCUGCCCGAAGUGCAGCAGCACAUCAAGGAGCUGCACCGGCGUAGCUACGACCGCGACGUGGCGUACAUCCUGGACGACCUGCAGCACGCCAUGUCGGACAGCGAAGCAUACCACUUGAGGCGUGAAGACACCAACUGGUUCGAUAAGCCUCGUGACUCGUUCCAUGAAGAUCACUCCAAAAGCAAGCAUGGAGGAUACCACCCCUUGCAGAUCAGCGACCCCCCGCAGAGCUACGAUUUCCCGCACGCCAGAGUGCAGCUUCAACAAGACGCCAAGGACCACAGCAUGUCAGGGAACGGACUUGGCGUCCGAGUCGUUGGUGGGAAAGAGGUUCCGGGAAGAGACGGGGAGAUCGGCGCGUACAUCAGCAAGAUCCUGCCAGGAGGCGCCGCUGAGCAUUCUGGAAAGCUCGCAGAAGGGAUGCAAGUGCUGGAAUGGAACCGAAUCCCGCUGACCGGGAGAACGUUCGAGGAGGUGCAGAGCAUCCUGAGCAGACACGACAAGGAGGUGGAGAUCUGCGUCCGCCUAUCUGUGUCCUCGGACAGGGACCUCAACAUGCUCUCAGACCUGGAGAACCCUCAACGCCUAGAGCUGCAGGAAUAUUCCAGCUUGACAUCGCAGCGCCAGAGGUCACCGGGCGUGGACCCCAAGCAGCUCGCGUACGAGUUGCGCAAAGUGGCGCAGUGUGCGGGAGGAGCAGCCGGAGCCACGGCGCAGAUGGACGGCAAGACCUUGAUCGUCAUCGGCACGGCCACACCCGCGGCCACGACGCAGCAGCAUCUACGGGACGGCCUGUCAGCCACGUCGAGCCCCAGCCGCCCUGCCUCGCCCGCCAGCGGCAGCAAGAAGCGCCACUCCAAGAUCGAAGCUACAAAACCUUCUCAUCCAAUUACUGGGGAGAUUCAGCUGCAAAUGAGCUUUGACCGCCACUCGGGAAACCUCAUCAUUCACGUCCUGCAAGCGCGGGGCUUGGCGCCACGUGACAACAACGGCUUCUCGGACCCCUUCGUCAAGGUGUACCUCCUACCGGGGCGCGGUCAAGUUAUGGUUGUCCAAAAUGCCAGUUCAGAGAACAAGAGAAGAACAAAGUACAUCCACAAAACACUGAACCCAGAGUGGAACCAAACAGUCGUCUACAAGAACAUUAUGCUCGAUGAGCUGAAAAGGAAAACGCUGGAGUUUUCUGUCUGGGACUAUGAUCGAUUCUCCUCCAACGAUUUCCUGGGCGAGGUGCGCAUCGAGCUGUCGGACGUGAGCCACCUGGACGGGGCCCAGCGCUGGUACCCGCUGCGGGAGCAGUCGGAGGGGGGCUCCCCCCCCAAGGCUCCGGGGCCUCAGAGCGGGCUGCCCCCCUCCAAGCAGCCCGUGAGCAAGAGCAAGAGCCACCUGGGAGUGAACGAGGGCACCAAGGAAGCCCCGCGUCCACCAGGCAGCAAGUCUCAGAGCAGCAUGGCCGACUCGAGGUCCGGAGUAGGCGGCUCAUCCUCCUCCACCACAUCCGCGUCAGGGGCAGCGGCCGCAACAGCCGGGGCACCCGGAGGGCAUCAGCGACUCUCUCUGUCCGGGCCACCGCAGCAGCAGCAGCAGCACGCCGGGAUGCCCGACUCCAAGUCGUCGUCCGAAGGGCGUCUGCGGACCUCGGCAUCGGCCACGUCCUCUCACGCCCCGUCGCGUUCGCAGAGCAAAGGCAGCAUCACGCAGAGUCACCUGGAGAGCGCAGGUGCAGCCAUCGCCGCCGCAGAGGCCGCCGUGCAGCAGCUCCAGCAACAGCAGCAGCUGCCAACGGCUAAGCCAUCUAAAGCCCCAAAUAAUGUGAAGAAGCACAGACACAACAUAGCCGGGGUGCUGCCGCCGGUGCGGAAGAGCGGGCCGAGCGGGCCGUCCGGACCGCCGGACGGGGUCGUCCCAGAGCCCGGGGACCUCGCGGCGCAGCUCGUCAUCCGCAAGGUGCAAUCGGACAGCCCCGCCAAGUCCGACAGAAGCAGGCCGGUGAGCCAGCGCGCCCCGGACUCCUCCAUCUCAACGACGUCGUCCGUCAGCAGCGUAGGCAGCGGCUACAGCGUGGACAGCGAGGGCAGCUCGGUGCUCACGGACGACACGUUCUCCGGCACGCACCGUGAGCACCGCGGCGGGAGUGGAGCGGCCCAAAGCAGUGGAGUCACGAGCCAGGCUGGAGGGCUCUCCAGGCAGGACCCACUACACCUGACAGACGAAGUGAUCAAAAAUGGCAGCCCAGCCAAGAUACCGAGAGAGAGCAUGUCAUCGACGACCUCCAUGGCGUCGCACGCGUCCGAUGGCUCCGGAAGCUCCAAAGGCACGUUCAGUCCUGACUCCCCUCCGUGGGUUCCCGGUAGAGACCCGGCGGGGCCCGGCGUGCGGCCCAACGGGGCGCUGGCGAGCGGGGGCCGAGCGGCGCGCGGGGAGCUGGUGCCCAACACCGACCUGGGCCCCGGGCAGCUCAUGGGCGCCAGCAAGUCGGCCCAGAUCAUGGGAGAGAUGAAGAUCUCGCUGAAGAAGGAGAUGAAGACCGAUGGCGACCAGCUGGUUGUUGAGAUCAUCCAGUGCCGGAACAUCACCUUCAAAUUCAAGUCCCCUGAUCACCUGCCAGACCUGUACGUGAAGGUGUACGUCAUCAACCUGGCAUCGAAGAAGAAGCUCUUCAAGAAGAAGACGCGUGUUUGUCGUCACGACCGCGAGCCCAUGUUCAACGAGACCUUCCGCUUCACCAUCAACCCCCAGGGCCACUCGCUGCAGAUCCUGCUGGUGUCCAACGGCGGCAAGUUUGUGCGCAAGACGCUCAUCGGAGAAGCGUACAUCUGGCUGGACCAGGUGGAUCUCAAGAAGAAGGCCAUCGGCUGGUACAAGCUGCUGCUCAGCAACCUCGAGGCACACUGAGCGCGUCCGCUCGUCGAUGGCGCGCACACAGCAACGUCUCUCCCGUCAGUGGGGUGAUAAGGAAAUGAAUCAAUGUAUAACGGCACGGCCCGCGCGCCAUGCCAUCCGCUCACGGACACACGCUCACGCACGCAAGGCACACACGCAAAGGGCACGCUCGCAACGGGCACGCUGGCAACGGGCACGCUCGCAGGGCACGCGACAGAGCGGCGUCUCGCUCGGGCACCGGGGAAGCAGAAAGCGGUUCGAGAUGAGGCCCACGGCGAUGUGGCUGCAAGUUGACCGGUCUCCCCGACGAGGGCCGAGAGCCGAGGCGGACGGCAGCCCCACGGAAGGAGGAGGCGGUGGAACCGUGACGAGGUACCGGCGUUUACCGACACCCUCCCCCCCCGCCGCCGCCACCCUCGCCGCCCCCCCCCGGUGGCGAUGAAGCACGAGCAGCCAAUCGCCCGUUUUGGAAAAAUUGGAGACGAAGUCGUGAAUCAUCGUCUGACGGCUGGGAAUGGGAGUUUUUUUCGAGAAGCAACUGCCGCAGCGCCCCGCCGCUGCCUGUGACCUUCAUCGGUCGACGUCCGAGUUGUCGGUGGCCUUGACUUAGUUGGAGUCCAAUGUGAAUUUUGAGCCAUAGCGGCACUGUGAACUUUGUACAGGAAACUUUGUGAAUAAUAACAGCACACUUAUCCCGGCUCUCGGUGAACGGUGGUUUUUCUUGAAUUGCUGGAGUUGAGUGUUGGGGGGCGAUGGGGGGGAUGAUAGGGAUGGGAGGGAUGGGUGGGUUUGGAGGGUGGGGUCCACGGUGGGGGGGGAGUGGGGCAGGGGGAUGCCUGGGAGAAGGUGGAAUGGACGCACAAAUUUGUAGAGGAUUUCUGAAUAAUGGCCCGCGUUAGGGAUAAUUCUAUAUACUGUUUAUAGCAUCGUGUUCCAAACUGUAUUUGCAUGCAGUGUGUUGAAAACAGGAGACCUCUGUACAUUUAGUGUUUUGAUUGCCCCCACUUGAACAAUGUAUAGAAAUGUUGACCUCGAUAUUGUGGCAUGGAUACUUUGUAAUUGUAUGCAUGCAUGCUGGAGACGAAAGUUAACAAAAAUAUGAUUGCGUCAAUCGAUUUUGACUUUUGGCGGAGGUUGGAUGCUAGUUACACUGCAGUGUUUGCGUAUACACAUCAAAACUCAACGUGUGCUAUUUGUAAAUUUUAUUUCGAAUCCAAUUAGACAUUUUUCAUGACAUUGUGAUGCAUUGGUUUAUUAUUGCCAAAUAUACAAAGAGAAUAGUUUACGUUGAUAAACAACCAUCGGGCGUGUGUGACAUUGUUAUUUUUCUGAUGUGCAAAGAGGUGCUCAAAAUACAUUGGAAUAUCAGAUUAUCAGCAAGCUCCGACUACUGACAAUACAACAACGAUACAAUGAGUAAGUGCAUUGACUGCAAUGAAAAUUACGUUAAUGACUCAAGUGUUGGUGUGCGUUAUAUGAAUAUCCUGACGGUUAAAGUUUUUACCACCUCUCGUACAAGUUGCUUACUCGGAUUUACAAUGUCAGUGUAUAUUUUUCGUUUAUUUAGGGGUGGGAGAAAGGGGGGGGGGUAAUUUAAAAGUAACGUUUCAAAAAAUACACAUUUGUACAUUACUCACGACCUAAGAGUCACAAGAGUGAUAUCUACCGGUUUGUUACUGGGCAUAAACUCCCAGGUUCUCAUCCGAAUCGAUUGUUUUUGUUGUUAGGAUUUAACAAAAAUAUAUACUUACAUCAACAAAGGCAAUGUUGAUUAUUUUGUGAAAGAAAGCACCCAAGAUAUUGUUGGAUAGCCGUACAAACAGAGGAAUGUUUUCAGGAGCCCUGUGUCUGCGAGAUGGAUGGGCAGUUUCCUUUUGGAGUAACAGAUGUCCCUGAUGGACUAAUUUAGAGCUGUGAUGCAUGGAUGCUGCUCGUUCUGUUCGUUGCCUUUUUCAUUCCAUCCCUGAAGCUUGAGGGCAAUGACACCGCAGUUCAACGAUAACCGUGUUUUGUUUGAUUCGCUCGUUUCGUGUGAAUAGUUGGAAGACGAUCGCUUCUCGGACAUUUCACGGAUUCUUGAAAUUACGUUUUUUUUUCUAUCAAACUUUCUGUUCCCGUUGCGUGUGAGAACGACGCCAUCGUCAUAUCUUAAUUGUUAUUGCAACUCAUUUCGUUCGUCAAAAGCCUCCGAAACUGAGCUUACAACAAAUCGUAUCCUGCCACAAAUCACAAUGUGACUUUUUUUUUUCUCUUGUUUCCGGGAGAUGUGAUAAGAAUGUAAGUAAAUAUCACAAGAAUU